AUGAAACUCCUCAUCGCUGUUGGAAUUGCAGCCCUUAUUGGGGCAACCAUAGCUGGAGGCUAUGGAGCCGGAGCUUAUGGAAACGGAGGAUUCGGAGGAGGAGGUUAUGGCGGUGGAGGCGGCUAUGGAGGACCUCGCGGAUUCGGAGGCGGAUCGUAUGGAGGAAUCGGAUAUGGAGGUGGAAACUCUUAUGGAGGAGGCGGCUAUCACGGUGGUGGCGAAAUUGGAUUCAACCAGCCAUACUCUGGAGGCGGUGGCUAUGGACGUCCACCACCACCGGCGCCGGAACCAGAGCCGGAGCCAGAACCUCAAACACCGCCACCACCUCCACCACCACCACCGCCACCGGCACCAGAACCAGAACCCCAGCCGGAACCACAACCAAUCACCCACUACGAGCCACCACCGCCACCACCACCACCAGUUCCAAAUAGUUAUAUUAGACCAUCAACCUACGGAAAAUAA